UGAAAACAAAGACGAACGCAAUCUAGUGCGUAUCGGGAUCUCCUCUCUCUCUCUCUGUGUCUCUUUCCCAAAUGCCGCGGGCCCACCCCCGCCGCCGCCGCCUCCUCCCCGUCGCCGCGGCGGCGGCCGCCCUCGCGCUCCUCGCUCUGCUCGUCCUCCUGCCCACCGCGCCGCCGGGGGGACCCGCGGCCCCCGCCUCCCUCCUCCGCGCGGCCAUCGCCGCGCACCCGUCCCCCGCCUCCUACGCGCACCCGUGCGCCGACCACCUCUCCCUCUCGCUCCACCGCCUCCGCGCCGCGCUCCCCGCGCUCGAGUCCGGCGACCUGCCGGCCGCGCUCCACCUCGCCUCCGCCUCGCUCCAGUGCCAGUACGACUGCUCCCACCUCCUGUCCCUCCCCGCCUUCCCCUCCCACUCGCUCACCUCCCGCUUCCUCAACUCCCUCACCCCGCAGACGCUAACCGCAUACCCCAAACCCGCCUCCUUCUACUCCACGGUCGCAGCAUUUCCGGCGAGGGUCCGUCCGGCCGCCACCGUCUGCAAGUCCAAUCCGGCGUGCGACUUCUCCAACGUGCAAGACGCCGUCAAUGCCGCGCCGAAUUACACUGCCGGGCACUUCCUCAUCACCGUCUCUGCAGGUAUAUACAAGGAAAACGUCGUAGUUCCGUUCGAGAAGACCAACGUUUUGCUGGUGGGCGAGGGAAUGGGGGCUACCGUGAUCACUGCCUCACGGAGCGUGGGGAUCGAAGGGCUCGGCACUUAUGACACCGCGACGGUGGCUGUCGUCGGCGAUGGCUUCCGGGCGAGGGAUAUCACAUUUGAGAACACUGCUGGGGCAGGAGCUCACCAGGCGGUUGCGUUCCGGUCAGACAGCGACCGGUCGGUGCUGGAGAAUGUGGAGUUCCGAGGGCAUCAGGACACCUUGUAUGCUCGCACAAUGCGGCAAUUGUAUCGCCGAUGCCAUAUUACUGGAACUGUGGAUUUUGUAUUUGGGAAUGCCGCAGCUAUGUUUGAGGAAUGCGUGAUUGAGACGGUGCCGCGGGCAGAGGGUUCCGGGAAGAGCGCACGCAAUGUGGUGGCAGCAAAUGGGAGGAUUGAUCCAGGGCAGACCACAGGGUUUGUGUUUCAAAAUUGCACAGUGGAUGGUAGCAAAGAUUUCGUUGUGUUGUUCCAGGCAAAGCCGCAAUCGUACCGGCUCUACUUGGGGCGUCCAUGGAAGGAGUAUGCAAGGACACUAUUUGUCAGCUGUUAUUUAGGCAAGGUUGUCAGGCCGGAGGGUUGGCUUGCUUGGCGAGGGGAUUUUGCACUCAAGACACUGUAUUAUGGGGAGUUUGAUAGUCGAGGCCCUGGUGCAAAUCAGACAUCAAGGGUCGGGUGGAGCAGUCGGACAUCAGAACAGCAUGUCACAUUCUACUCAGUAGAGAACUUUAUUCAAGGACAUGAAUGGAUUGCGUACUAAAUAUAGUAUAGAGUCAAUGUUCAGAUUAGCGAUUCUUGGUGGAGCUUCAACAGCUAAAUGCUAAAUAUCCAACCCGUGAUGUCCCUGAAUUGCAAGCAAGUCACGCUCCCAGGAUCUGGAGUCAAGUAACUAACUGUAUUGACUUGGUACAUAACCCGAAGUGAUCUGUUUUCUGCUGUUCACAGAAUAUCAAGGAACUUGUCUAUUGUAGUUGUGUGGUAUUCAGCAUAUUGUACAUAUGAAAAGCACAUCAUGCCAACUCGACUUGGUAUUGACCUGCAAAAUGUUCCAUCCUCAUCAUUGUCAUAAACAGCUCAGUAUGGUACACCUAUUGCAACUGCAAUCUACCUCCCUCCAGCAGUUAAUGCACGCAUUGCAAAUUAAAAUGAGCUCUAGUGACUGCUAUGCAAGAUGAAAAGAAAGAACCACACUUCAUAAUCACUCCACAAUAUAUAGGGCCCAUUUGUGCUUUUUGUGGAGAUUAAGAUGGCUUAAAGUUCUAGCCGCUUCUUUAUGUUUUGUCGAGAGCUUGAUCUGUAGGCUACUAUUGAAGAAUUGACUAUGAUAUUUUCACGCGGCAUCAUUGCAUUUUCUUGGAGAUCUGUUCCGAAAUCUGAAGCUGUUAGAAAACAAAUUUGUUCAAGUGUUAUCAACAUAAUGUAGCGGUUGUCUGGAUGAUACAUUUUUCUCGUUACAUU